AUGGACUCUAACGGCUGGUACUCGAACCCCCAUGGAAUGAACGGAUACGGCAGGGAUGCAUACCUCUCGCCAGACCCGACGAGCUCAAGGACGCCGGAUGGGAUGGCGGUUGAUUCUGUGGCAGACUCGCACCAACUGCUGAGCGCGUACCCGCUCGCGAGUCUGAACGCAACUGGACAUGUCUCGCGCCAGUUGAGCAACCUGUCGCUCUCCGCCCAACCGCCGUCGUACGCCCAGCCGCAAUACUACGCGCUGAGCGAGUACACCUACCCGUCCCAGACCCCGGCGCCGUACACAGAGUACGCUACAGAGCUGAACCACCUUCAAUCCCAGCAUCUGCCUGUGCAGGACGGAGGCUACUGGGAGAACACUCGGAACGACGCCGUCCAAUACCUCGGCCAGCCCUCUCACACUUCAUAUCCACAGCACCCGUCUGCGCCCAAUUAUUGGCCCUCUUCUCUUCCCUCGCAGUCCCCAUACGCCCAGUAUCGGUCCAACGCCUUUGCUCACUCUGUCUUCCAACACACCGUUCCAUCCAUCUCGUACCCGACUCCUCCGCCACCCGCAAUGAAGGCCUCCUCAUCUUCGCUUGCCUUUGCCCUGGGUGCUCCACCCCAACCAUCUCCCCCCAGGGCUCCGCUCCAGUCCUCGCCACCCAAACCUCAGCCUCCUCCGCCACAGCGGCAACAGUCCAUCAUCUCACCCCAGGAAUCCAACGUCCGUUUUAAUGUGUUUGUUGACCAGACUAGUCGCGAGAUCGAGAGGGCUCAGGCAGCCCGGUAUAGCGCAGUCAGGCCACCUAGCACUCCAAGCCGGAGAAACAGUGGGACCAAUCUACCACCGUCAAGUCCCGACCCCCUCGCCGUCGCAUCUGUCGAAGUCGUCUCGACCCCACAGAAGCGGAAGCCUAUCAACCAGCUGCAAUCUCCUACAGUGAAGCGCGUCCAGACUCUCAACCGCACAUCAUCAUCCUCUUCACUAUCUUCCGCUCUCUCCUCGUCGCCCAUUCGCUCUGCAUCUUCAUCUCUCUCAAAGACCUCGCACACCAAUCUCUCGACCUCCAUCGACCCUAGCUCCUUGCCUCGUAUGACACCGAAGGCCAAAUCCAGGAUGCAGCCCUAUGUCGACUUGCCGCCCUUAAAAGCCAAAUUAACGCCUUCGUCGCAGAAGAGUCGUCCACCAGUUCCCUCUGCAUGGUUGAAGGGCAAGACGAAGCGGGAAGAUGAUGACGGGGGAGAGCCAGAUCUCGGUGGGUUCGGUUCAGAAGAGGAGGAAUACCAGCCUCACAAGACGAGCCUCGCGUCGAGUUCAGCUUCAAGGUCUCCUACCAAGAAGACGGGUGACCGUGACGAAAGAGCCCCGCUUGAGAAGUUGACUGCACUACUAGAUGACAUAUUCGAGGCUGAAGACUCUCUGCCUGUCGAACCCGACUUAGAAACCCUGCCCUCCGAUUUCUUCUCCCCCAUCUCCUCUGACCCAGCUCGCCCUCAGCUCCAGCCGAACCUCGUUCGGAAACUGACGAAGCACAUCGGUCUACUCGCACGGCCUAAGAAACGUCUAAGACCUAACAGCAAUGGUAACACGCCUCGUUCGACUGGCCCGGUGAGCCUGAGCGACGUGGAACCUCAGACUCUUUCUCGCGUACUGAAGAUCUUGGAGAGGAGUGUGAAGGCGGGAGAGGAUUUGGAGCCAUUUCCCAGUGGCGGUUCCGGAAAUGGGGUCGCCGGGUCAAAGAGCGCUCCGUCUUCACCUACGAAGAAGAAGGGGGGGAAGGCAGGGAAGAAGGGUGGUACUCAGGCAGAGCGACGGUCGAAGUCACGAACACCACGCGACGAGGAUGAAGAGAGUGUCGUGAACGGCGUGGACGUGGAUGAGCUCCCUCGGCCUCUCGACACGGCAAAGCUCUCGAGGUCGUUGGAGCUUGCUCGAGACAGCAUUUUAGCCGCCGACUGCUGUAUCGCGCUACUCGGGAGCGACCGUCUAAACAAACAACUCUACUCGGAAGAGCUCAUCAAUGCGUGCCUCUCGUCUGUCAAAAACCAGCUCAACAAGGUUAUCUACCCCUUCAUCGAAUUCUCAUCAUCCAGCGGCGAAUCUUCCACCUUACGACACGUCGCAAAGAGCCUGUCUUCGGAGGCUUAUGAGCAUAGACGACAGCUUGCGGAUAUUUUCCAGGCCCUAUUGUCCAUCCUUCCACGUAUCAAUGGUUUAGUAAAUGCCGAUGUCGUUGCGAUGUCGGAUAGCAUCAUUAUCCAGGCUGUCUACAUCGCGAUUGGACCAUUCUUCGUCGUCGAAGACGAAGGAGGGGCGAAGGCGAAGAAGGACAAUCUAGUAGUGGCUACACUUGGGCAGACUGCUAUGCAAGGGCUCAGGCUGGAUGCCUUGUCCCUCACCCGAAGUAUUUUUGCGAACCACGAAGAGCAGCGUUCUUGGAUCAUCGAGGAGAUCUUGAGCUCGCUCAUCAAGCUCUCAGAUACCAAGCAAAAAGCCGGUCAAUUUCGUUUGCGAGACGGUCGCUCGAUUCGUACUGUCUCUGCUCUUCUACUUCAAUUGGUACAGACCUCCGCCCACGGUGUUCGCAUUUCGGCCAAGAAGCUCGGCAAGUCUCGUCAGCAAGCGGCGGCACUCAAGAGGCACGAUAGCAUGCCUUCCGACAUCCCAGAGCCGUUUCUUGAAGAUGUUGAUCAGGACGAGAUCAGCCUUUAUCUCUCUGGAUUAGAGUCCGCUACCAAGGCUGCAAAAACAAUUGUGGUGUUCCUUACGCAAAGAUCGGGGAAGGGAAAGGCGACGAAGAACUCAAACGAAGCGGAAUAUCGUCUCAUUUUCGACAACCUCAUCUCGGAUUUGCUUGUUGUCCUCUUCUGGCCUGAAUGGCCCGCGGCGAGCUUGCUACUAACCAUUAUCUGCAAGUUUAUGCGCGAUAAGAUUUCCUCUCUAGACGACGUCAAGUCGAUGGCCCAGACAGAUAACAAUGCAGUCAAGCAACUCGCGCUGGACCAUCUCGGCGUAAUUGCUGCACGUUUAAGGACCAGUACCCUCAAGUUCAAGCUCGCCGACAGUCCAUCGAAUGGAAACACUUCAAUGCCGCUACGACCAAUGGAGGAGGUACUCGCGAGCUGCAGUUCAAAGGACUUGCAACGGCUAGUUACUGCUCACCGCGAGGUCAUCACUCAUCUGUCCCGACGGUCCACCGAGGAUCAGGCUUGCGACAGCGCUCGAGAGCUCAGCGCUGUGACGUGGGGCCAAGAGCUGGCCAUUGCUCUCAGGCGGUGUAACGCCUCGUUGUCAAACGACGGUAAUGACAUUGACCUAAUCAAGGCCAAUAAUCCCCAGAUGCUAGCGUUCGGUGUCAAAGUCAAAUCGGCCUUGAGAGAUGUCUGGACAGAUACGACCACCGAUAUCUUCAGUGUUGGCUCCCAGGACGAGGUCGUUCAUAUAGACAAGCUCGCAGAAGAAAUAGGAGUUAUUCAGGAACUCAGGCAUUCGUACCAGCCCAUCCUCAACGUCAUUCUCCUGGCUCUUGACGCCCAGGCUGUCUUCAUGCGCACGAAGGCUUUGCGUGCCCUCGGUCAGAUCGUCACCAGUGAUCCUACGAUCUUGUCGUCCCCAAACGUCCGCCGAGGCAUCGAAAGUCACCUGCUCGACAACUCCCCGGCAGUUCGCGAUGCCGCUGUCGAAUUAAUCGGAAAGUAUAUGAUCGACUCCCCAGAAGUGGCGGCGGACUACUACCAAAAGAUAGCUGACCGUAUAGCGGAUACGGGUCUUGGUGUGCGCAAACGAGUCAUCAAACUUCUGAAAUCCUUCUACAGCGUCACCGAUGAUAACAAACGACGGAUCGAUAUUUGCACCAAACUCGUACUUCGUAUGUUUGAUGAAGAUGACACUGUGAAAGACCUCGCCGUCAAGAGCGUUGAAGAUCUGUGGUUCCAGACACCGAUCGUGUCCUCGCUCAAGUCUCGGAACGCUAGUGGCGAGAAUCCUGCGGGCAGGUCCGACCUCCUUGCGAAGGUUUCUAUUAUCAUGGGCGUAUCCGCCAACUUCAAGGAUAGGCAGUCGCCGUUGGAGGACAUGUUGCAUAAGAUUAUGGCGGACAAGGAGGGUACCGAUGCGAGCGUACUUCAUGAGCGGUAUACCGAGAUUUGUGAGGCCUUGAUUGAUGGUUUAGUCGACGCGACUGAGUUGCCUGGCUUCACUAUCAUCCACUGCAUCCGGACCAUCUAUCUCUUUACGACAGCUUACCCGGCCGUAUUAUCCGGAUCCAAUGCAUCGACGUUGCUUCCAUACCUUAAGAAUGCGACCUCCAUCGAUGAGCAAGUUACGUCCGAUUACCUACUCAAGAUUUUCCGCGCCUCAGUCCCGCACAUGCCGAAGACUGCGAUGAAGUUCGGACAAGAGCUGCAACUUGCUCUUCAACCUAUGAUCCUGAAGCCGUCAACGGCGGGCGGCACAAUGGCACUGCAAGAGACUGUGGCCUGUAUAUGUGCAGUCGUGGAACAUCUGACUCACGACUAUGGCCGCUUGGUAGCGCUCUUAAAGUCGUGUAAUCAGCGACUGAUGCAGGCUAUCAACAAACCACGAAACACCAAGAUGUCUGGCCCGGAUAUGAAGACUCUUUGCAUCCUGAUAUUUAUUGUUUCGCUUCUUGUUGAACAUUGUGACUUCGAUCGCCUACGACGGGAUAGCACUGUACCGGAGGCAGACUUGAACGUAGUUUCAUUGGGUUCCAUCAUAGAGCACGUCUAUACCUGCCUGUUACAGCUUUACGAUAAGUAUGCAGAGGCAGUCCUUCGAGGAAGAAUCCUCCAGGCACUAGGUUUUCUGUUCAGGGCACAACCAACACUUAUGACCUUGGAGUCGUCUGCAGCGAUCAUGGAUGCGAUCUUUGCCUCUCCAGAGGAAGAUAGUCGAGGUCGCUUGCUCAAGAUCAUGCAGGAAUUCUUGAUAUCAGAAGCUUCAAAGCAUGCUGAUAAAGAGAAGAAGAGUGUCAAAUCCAAGUCGGUUAUCGCAGACGUGAACAUGGAAGAGUUGGUGGGAAACACAGACGGUUUCGCUGACUCAGGAGUGAGCUCCGCUAUCGUCCAACGUUACCUUGAGCCGAUCCUCGAAGCAGCUUUGUCUCAGCAUGCGCAAAUUCAAGCUUCCGCCAUCGACAUCCUCAGCUUCACGGUGAAGCAAGGCUUAGCCCAUCCUCUUCAGUCAUUUCCGAUCAUUGUCUCCCUUGAGACCAGUCCAAGCACUGUACUCAGCAGUCGUGCUAACGCGUUGCAUGCCUUGUUGCACAGCAAGCAUGCCACGUUACUCAACUCGCGGUAUACUGUCAGCGCGAAAGCAUCGUUUGACUACCAGGUCAGACUCUCUCCUGGGCCUGUACAAGGUUAUCGCAUGCAGCAUUCAGCCCCCACUGCACUCCUUCAGCGCUGGUAUUCCCUGGUGCGCGAGAAGCGAAACUCGAAAAUCGAAUUUCUCAAGUCUCUCGUCCGCGUGUUCGAAAUGAAACCGGAUCUGAAGUGCAUGCAGGAGGAGGUCCACUUUGCACGAUACAUGGUCGAAAACUUUGCCACGUUUGAUUACAAGGCUCAGGAGGAGGUGCUUAUGGUCGUGAAGACGUUGAUAUCGAUUCUCUUGACGUCUGGUAUGCAGCUCAUGGAGACGUUAUCGCCGUCCGACCUCCUCGAUCAACUGCGCGGACGUCCCACACCUGCAUCUCAGCUCCAAGGAACCGAAAAAGACGUGGAGAUGGCCGACACGCAACAAGAGCCGCCAAACGGUGCUGUGCCAGGUCAACCGCACGACUUGUACUCCGCGCCGUCAUUGAUGGCCUGGCAAUCUCUGGAUUAUCUACCCGUCAUGCGUAGUUCUGUCAUCCUAGCCAUGCUCAUGCUCUUGAAACGAUACCUGAAAAACCUAUAUGGUGUCACCGAAGAGAAAUGUUCAAAAUGGGUCAUUGGCAAGAAGAACACAAUCGGCGACAAGCCCGCUACCCGGCGUCACCAGCAGCCUCUUCAAUGGGACCGCUUACCUUUUGCCACGGUACCUAUACACACGACGCAAGAUAUGGCUGCUCAACGAACUACCUUCCUUGAAAUCUGGGAUGAGGAUGGUGUUGCGCCCGAGCCGGAAGACGAUAUGGACUAA